AUUCGAUCGCCGCCCAGCUCUUCUUCUUCUUCCUUUGAUUCAGCAGCGCCUCCCUCUCCUUCGAUUCACCGCACGCGAAGACACCGGUGACGACGAGGGACGCUGACCAAACCAACGCCGGCGACCAUGGUGACGGCGCGAGCAAAUUCGAGCGCUGGCCCACCCUGUUUCUUCUCUGGUCAGGCACAACGGCGACGGCAGGGGGCUCUUCCUCCUCCCAUCAAGUUCCGGCGUGUCCAGCUUUGCCCAACAGAUUCGGCGACCUCGGAUUCUAAUCCAGCAACCAGCGGCGGCGGGUCUGACCCAACGAACUCCGGCGAACCAGGAAGCUCCGGCGACUACCUCUGUUCCAGCGACUGGUUUGGGCAGCAGCGAGGAUAGGUCCAGACAGCAGUGGCGCGAGUCCUCUCUCCUCCAGGGACCUCCGGCGAUGAUCAAGACGAUUUGGGCAGCAAGAAAUAGACCCGAACGACGUGGUCGUAUCCUGCCGAGCUCCAAACAACAGCGGGUAAAGCCGGGCAACAGCCACAGUGGAACUAGGCUGCGGCGGUGCACGUUCUCUGUCAACGAUUAUUGGACCAUGCUUUCCUAGAAUUCAAAUUGAACCAACGAGGUAAUCAUGGAGGGACUGACUUUGGAAUCCAUCCUGGAGGGCAGCAUGAAAGAGGAGAUGUAUGGAUGCAGGGAUUUAAUAAUGUUUGAUUUAAUUA